AUGAAUCGAACAUUGUUUCUCCUGUUGCUGGUGGUUCUCGAAUCCCGAGGGAAGUUGAUACUGGAUGCGCCGUAUUCAGGAACCUCCAGCAAACUAAACGAAGAAAGAACGCCUUUUAAUUUCACGAAAGAUGAGUCGAUCGUCGAGGGACCAGAACCGAUUUCGAGGCAGGAAGACCCCGAGUCCUCGGAAACUGUGUUCCAUAAUAAAGUUCAGAGGUCUUUGGAGGAUGAGGAUGACGAGGAGUCAGAGGAGGAUCCAGAAGGUCCUCCCGAUCAUGUAAUCCCGUAUUCCGACCACGAAGAGCCGGGAAACGUAUCGACGAAGCCCAAGUACGUCGGUCCGGGUGAAUGGGCCAAACCACCGAAGAACAGUGACGUUCCUCUAGACUUUGUACCCACGAAAUUGUACGCGCAGGUGAGGAAGACGCACACAGUGAGGAGGCUGCCUCGAAGGAAAGCGCUGGAGUACGCAGAGUCUGAAGAGGAAAAGGAAAACGCGGCGAGGCUGAGAGAAGUGGUGAGAAACUCUAAGGUGAAUACCGUUUACACCGAAGAGGGUUAUGAAGAUUCCGCUUACGAUCACGGUGGCCACGUCAGGGAUGCAGAUUUUGAAGAGGAAUACGCUCGGAAAGUUCAGGAACGUUUGAAGGACAGGAAAAGAGUCGGAGACGAUGCUGAACAGAGUAAGACUGACCCUGAGGACUACGAAGAUUACGAGGAUCACAAAAUUGCCAGCAAUAUUGUGAACGAGAGGAACGAGAAAGUGUAUCCGAAAGUGGUAGUUGAAGAGGGAAUAGAGCAGCUGCAGGAUGAUCUGGAAAGAGAGGCUGAAGAGACAGAGAAAAGAUUCGAGAUCGGUAAACUGGAUGAGGACGGAGAUUCGAAGGAAAAUGGCGAGAAGAAAGUUAGAAAACGAAAGAAGCCGUCGAAGAAAUCGAAGAUCGACGGAGAAAGUGUGGAAGCUACGACGAUACCGAUUGAAGCUACGACUCUAAACUUUGCUCCGUACAAAUACGAGACCCACGAAAAUUCGCCGGUUGUGAAUGUCCAGAAAGCUGAAGAGAAUCCAACGACCGUCAGUUACAGCCAAAUCUUCUGGGAUUACUUCAAGAAGAAGCAGAGUGAACCAACGAGUCAAUCUUCGACCUCGAUAGAUUCGACGACUGUGAAUCCAAACUAUCUGCAAGCUUCAACUUUAGGAAACACACUUGCGCCAUAUUCUUUUUAUGGAGAAGAAGCCACGACAUUGUUUCCGGCCAUAGACUCGUCGGUUUUCGAUGCAAAGAAUCCUGAAUUUUUGGUCGACCCAGAAUUCAAGAACGAUCAGAAUCAAUUAUCGCGUUCGAAGAACACUGACAUUAGUGAAUUGUGGCAGCCUAUUUCCAAUGAACCGACAACGACGGACGCGCAAUAUCUGGGAACGUACGACGAGAUCAUGAACGACCAAGGAAUUCCGUUUUCGAAUUUCGUGAGGAAUCUAGACAGCAAGGAGUCCAACAUGGACGGUUCUCUAUUCACUCCGUCACUGAAUUUAGUGAUGAAUCGCAAGCCACGUUACAAAAUUGCCGUCAGGCAAAAGCCAAAGAAGACCAGUGAACAUUUUAACAAAAAAUCGACGAAAGAAACACGAGUAGAAAGCACGACCAGGAGUAUUCCCAUGCACGAGAACUAUAUGAAAGUUCUGAUGCACCUGAAGAACGAGAAAGCGAACCAUCGUCACCCAAACAGUCUGCAGCCGAACUAUCCACCACCGAAUUUGAAUGACGAUCCGAGGAAGAGGAAACCUUUGCAGAAUAUGAAUAAUUAUUACAAUUAUUUACCGCACGGAUCGAGAGAGAAUACGUUCGUCAAUCAGAGACCACGUCAGGUUCGCAAGAAUCGUCCGCGUCAGACGCAUCCAGAGAUCGUUCAAAGACCACCGUCACGUAACAGGAAUCUGUUGCCCGCUUUCGAUCUGCUUCCUCCAUCGCCGUUUUUGAUCGAUGACUUCGCCAGGGCGAAAGAAACAAUCGAUUAUCUAACCGGAAACGGGUCUAACCAAGCCAGAAACCUUGUGAGACCGUACCGGCGGGCCGGCUCGAUGGAAUCGAUCGCUGGAAUCCGCGCAAAAAGGCGCGAAAGAAGAUCGGCGAACGAAGGGGUCGGAGAGGACGUGAAAGGCUCGCGUCCGGCAAACAAUGACGCGACGAAUCGCGGCGAAAUAGAACAGUCAGCUAAAAAUUCGUCGGUCGAGAGAAAUUCGCAGCUGAAAGCAAACAGCGGUCUGCAAGUAGCACUCGUUCCGGAUACGUCGGCGGAAAAACGAAUCGGCGAGAAGAAAUCGGUCCAGGGAAGAGAGUUACAAGAGGGGCGUGUCGACGAAAGAGAAAUCCGUACUGAGGGCGAUUUAGAAUCCUUCAAGUAUAACGAUGACGAGAAAUCGAACGCUGGAUCGAAGAGCCACGAAGAGCUUCUGAACGAGGCGCCUCGUUUGACGAAUGAUGUUAUACAGAAGGAAAUCGACGCUAGGUUUAACGGGCAGAAAGAAGAGGAAGAUACGCAGGGUGACGUAGAAGUUGAAGUGCCGGAUUUCGAUUAUGUGGAGGAACUAGUUGAGGAGAACCAACCUGACAUCGAAACUGAAUCCAGCGUUGAAGGUAAUGUGGACCUGCAGAAAUACCCUUUUUAUAACAGUGAAAAAAUACCGACACCAUCUGCGUUGAAGUACGCCAUUGACCCUGGGAGAUUACCCAGGAAGACGUACGGUGGUAUGGAGUUUUACGGAUCGAGGGACGCGUACAAACACUGCGAGGAGGUUGAGCCCACUUUGAAGGUGGUGCCAGAAAAAGAGGAGCCAGUUCCAGAGAGAGGUCCAGAAGAGAAUCUCCCUCGUCUUCGUGGCUUAGGGGAUAAACUGGAUUGCUUCAAGGCGAAAUACUUUGACAGCGACCCCUUCGACAACCCACUGUUCCUGGAGAAAGAAGUCGAAGAUCCCAGCCCUCCUGCCGAGCUGGACACCAAACGGUUCGCUUCGAGAAUCAUGAUGUUCCCGAAGCAAAGCGAUGAUUAUGUUGUUCAGAAGUCCUCCAGGAAACCGGAGAACUAUCGACGACCCCGCAAACCGAGUUCCAACGCGAUUAGGUCUCAGAAACCGAGGCGCGUUGUUUAUAGAACGUACCCUGGAACGGGAAGAGGAAAGAGACCUCGAGUGUACAGGGUGCAGGGAGUUCGAGUGAAGUACCCGAAUGGUUCCAGAAGACCGCAGAAGGUUGUUAAACGACCCGUGACUUCUGCGAGCGACGUGUGGUCUAUGUACUUGCCUUUCCAAAGUCAAGUUUACGAAGAUGUGAUGGGUACCAUAAGAAACAUGGCGAACUCGUAUCAAGUUUACGAAGUAACUACUUUGCCGACCUCGGAUGAGGUCACCGUCGAUGGAGUCGAUGAUGUCAAAAUGAACGUGUCCACAGAUUCGAGCAGGUAUGGUAAGAAGGACGAGGCAGGGGAUAUAAAACGUCCGCAUAAAACGGAUAGGAAUAUAGAAGGCAUGGUGCCCCCGAAAUAUCGACCUCAGAAUGGAUAUCAGAGGAUAAGAAUUCCGCAGAAAAAUCGAACCAGGGUGCAACACUUGAGAAAAUCGAAUGGAUUGAGAGGAAAUCGUCCGCAAAAGAUUCGUGUUUACAAACGAGAUUUAAGAGACAAGGAAAAUGAAGGCGCGAGUUCCUUGGAGAAGAAAAUGUUUCCAGAUUCCGAAGACAAUGAAGAAGUUGAUUAUUUAAGCAGAACUGUUGUUAAGACACACAAUUCGGUUGUUAAGAAUGACACAGCUGACGAUGAUCUCAGUAGAAGAAAUUCAACAACUUCUAAAACCAGUGACAUCAAGAGAAAGUCCAAGGUGCCAAAGAAUGUUUCAAGUUCUGCAGAUGAAGAACAAAAGAAGUCACAGAAGAUUGUCUACACGAUCAAAGAUAGAAUCAGGUAUUCGAAACCGAAGGGAGAAGGGAGAUUUGGGAAAUUUAAUGAGACUGAAGUGCGGGAGGACAAACGAAGAAGAGAGCCCACGUACAAUUACAUCAAAAGAAGAAAACCUUUGAAUCGUCCUUCUACAACGGAAGUUGAAAUUACCUGGACAGAGUCAAGUAUUUCUACCGCGACAUUACCGAACGAGUACAUCGAGCAAAUCGACAAAGAACCUGCGAAAGAUUUGAACAAGCAGCUUCCUGUGGAAGAAAUCAGCGACCAAAGCCUUAACACGUCCACGAAACUCGAGGAGCAAGAUCAGAGUUCGAAUAAGUUGUCUAACAAUAGCAAAGGUUACGCGGUUUACGAAAACGUGAACGAAAGUGAAGAAACCACGAAGAAACCUCACACUGAGACUUCUUCAGAAUUCAAUUUGAAAUCCUUCUUGGAGACCGACUCUCCAAAAUUCACGGACACUUCGGAAGAGCUGAGGAAAGUAUUAUCCCCGAACAAUUCUCAUCAUUUCAAAUUCGAAUCCGAUUCCACGAACAUCGGGGACAAGAAACUUGAAGAAGAGAACGCUUCUUUCGAACACAAUUCUAACGAGGCGUCCUCGGAGAAGCUAGACACGAACGUGCAGACGAGUACGGAGUCCUCGGAGGAAAGCGAUUCGAAGGAGAGCGAGUCAGAAGAGCACAGUUCGUUCUUCAAGUACGAAUCCAGGCCCUCUUCGCCGUCCGAGAAUUACGAAGACGAAAAGUACGCGGAACUCGGGCCUCGAGUGAACAAACCUGCAUUCUUUCAUCCUCCUUUCUCUUUUUCCAGGAUAUCGAAAGGAAGCUCGGAGGAAGCUGACGAGAGCGAAGAGAAAGAGUACGUGUUCCCGUGGUACAGGGACAAGGAAAACGAACGGAGGAGGAGACGAAAUCGCGGGAGGAUUGGCGAAUACGAGUAUCCUUGGGAGAGGAGAGAACGUUUGGCACGCGAGGAGAGGAAGAAGCGUAAAGGAUUGAGAAGCUUCGACGAUGAAGAUGUCGAAGACACGUCUCUGCAUCAGCGUAGAAUUUAUCCUCGAGGAAAAUACCGUUUCUGGAGCCGCAAAGACGCUUCUGAAGAGAAUAUUUCCGAUGCGUUGGGAAGCAGCAGCGAAUAUCGGCCGAUUCGGAAAUACAGCAGUAAAUAUAACGCGAAGAGUACUAAGCUACCGAUUAAGAAGCUGAAGAAUUUAAAGUCGAAACGUUUGGACGAAAUAAAGAGGUCCAUCGAGAAGUCUUUAGAAGGUAAUUCCACGGAAAGCGAUUCUUAUAAAGAAAGAGGUACCUCCAGAGGAAUCGUUCCUGAGGACGUCACUUUGGAACCCGUUGCAAGGAACAGGAAGAAGGUGAGAAAUUCUAGCGAUGUCGAAGGUAGAAAUUCCAGCGAAUCGAUAAAGAAUUCGAAGGAUUCUGAAAUAACGGUGCUGAAGAGUGUCGGAGAAAGCAGGAAUUCUACGGAGCGUUCGAAUAAGAAAAGACGAAGACCAGCGAAGAACUCGAUUUCUAACGCAGAGACCGUAAUAAGAUCCGGUGACGAUUCUAAUCGAACUCGUCGGAGACAGAAAUCUGGGUUAACUACGCCUUCUACGAUCACCUCCGCUUCUACGGCGAGCACGACUUCAGCGUCCAGGGUGGCUCGAAGGAGAAAUCAGAAAUCAGUCAAGGAUUCGAAGAGAACUGCCGGUAGAACCAUGAAUCAGUCGAACAAUGGUGUCAACAACGCGACAGAGGUUUCGAAGAGCAGCACGAAUCGAUCUAACGCGGAGAGUGGACAGAAUGGCGGAAAGAAUCCAACGAACGAAAUACCCGAUCAAACGAAGGACGAAACUAGACAGGUAUCGGAAAAUUCAGACAAGGUGAAAUCAUUCGAUAAAAAUAACGAGGAGCAGAAGAAUAAUUUAGAGAAUAAAAAGUCUGAUAAGGAUUCGAAGACUGUUGAUGAAAUUAGUAAAUUGAAUCAGAAGUUUUCUUCGGAUGACGAUGACAAGAAAUUCGAUUUUAAGGAUGACAGAAUAGAGCUGUUGAGCGAUUUUGAUAAAUCGGAGGAUAUUUCGGACGAGGAAUUUGAAAGUGCUUUGAAAAUAGAUGCAGGUACUGCACCGAACAGAGCGGUACAAUUAUCUGAACAAGAAUCCAGAGAAGUCGUCUCUUCCGUUUCCUGGAUAUCGGAGAACUACAAUUUCUAA